AUGGUGGCAACAAUACGUUGUUUCAAAGAGCGCGAAAUUGUACGAUACGCAUUGCUGUUUCUUUGGGAAGCAAUAGCAAAACGGAAAAAAGUGCAGUUUUCUGAAAUCCUGAAACUCACAGUUAAUGGUGGAAAAUUAAUGCAGAAAAGGCUACAAGAUUUAUGGCAAAAAGAAAAGCUGACUAGAUAUAUUGCCCAGUUAACCGAGAAUGCGCGUACAGUACAGAAUUUGGCUCGCGUGGAUCCACGUUUGCAUCCUUGUAAUCCGAAGCAGUAA